CUUGGUAAUACUUACAUUGGAAGGUAUUUUUUAGUCGGUGGUAAUGUUCAAAAUGUUUUUCCUUAUUGCUAUUGCGGCUAAUGUGUUUCUUUUAGUGUCUACUACAGAAACAUGUGGAGAAAAUGAAGUAUACGUCGAUUGUCCUGAUACUGUCUGUGAACCACAGAAAUGCUCGGAACUAGGUUUCCCAGUACCUUGCCUUGCAAUACCUGUGAAUGGUACUUGUCCAGGCGAUCCCGGCUGCAUAUGUGAAACUGGUUAUGUACGAAACGAAUGCGGUAUCUGUAUACCUUCUAAAGAUUGUCCUUCAUGUGGUGGUGACGAGAACGCCACAGCGGGAUGUGGGGUGAAUUGUAACAAACAUUGUUCCGACAUAGGCAAAGAACCUGGGGGCUGCAUCCAAGUGUGCUAUCCAAAUGCAUGUGAUUGUAAAGACGGUUAUUACUUAGAUGAUAAUACAGGAAAAUGUGUCUUACCUAAUCAGUGUACAAAAUCAAACCAUAACUCACAAGAAACAUCUUCGUCAUCUAAUUCAACAUCGACAUCAUCAUCAUCAGCGUCAAGUAACAACAACAAUGGCAAAUCUACAUCUAGUACUUCUUCGCUAUCUCAAAGUUCAAGUUCAUCCAUUUCUAAAAGUUCUACAUCCGGAAAAUCAUCAUCAACUUCCUCAUCAUCAAGUAACGCAGCAUCAAGUUCGUCAUCAUCUGGUUCAUCCUCAUCUAGUUCUGUAUCGUCAAGUUCAUCAUCGUCAUCUUCAAAUACUAAUAAUUCAAAUAGUGUAUCGUGUGGAGGAGAUGAAAAUGCAAAACCGGGAUGUGGUGUAAACUGUAACAGACACUGUAAAGAUAUUGGCAAAAAACCAGGUGCAUGUAUCUUGGUAUGUUACGAAAAUGGAUGUGAUUGCAAACCUGGCUAUUAUUUAGACGAUAAUACUGGAAAAUGUGUUUUACCUAGUCAAUGCACAUUACCAUGUGGCGUUAAUGAAGUGUGCUCAAAUUGCACCAAUGCUGGUUGCGAACCAAAGACCUGUGCUGAAACCGGAAUACCGUUACCAUGUGAUCAACCCGAUGAGUGUUUAAAAGGGUGUAUUUGUAAAAGCAAUUAUCUGAGAGCAGACAAUGGCACCUGCAUACCUCGAGACCAAUGUCCGGCUUGUGGAGGAGAUCCAAAUGCACAGCCUGGUUGUGGAGUAAACUGUGGUAGAUUGUGUUCGAAUUACAACGAUGGACCAGUGCCAUGCCCCCUGAUAUGCAAUAUAAAUGGCUGUGAUUGCAGAGAAGGAUACGUUUUUGAUGAGAAUUUGAAAAAAUGCGUUUUACCUGAGGACUGUAGUAAACCAAUAUGUACUGGGCCUAAUGAAGUAUAUGACGACCAUCCUAUAAUAUGCCCGCCUCAGACCUGUGACAGUAUCGGCAAGAGUUACUCUUGUCCUUCUAGACUGACUUCAUCAAAAGGUGCUUGUGUUUGCCGAAAAGGUUACCUUAGAAAUGAAGAUGGCAAAUGUAUCCCGAAGGAAGACUGUCAUAAAUGUUUAGGACAGAAUGAAGUAUACGAUCCAUGUCCUCCAAUCUGUCCACCGCAAACUUGUGAUGCUAUCGGCAAAAGUUACAGUUGUCCUAGUAUUCCUACAAAUCCUACUGAAGUACCCGGAUACUGCAAGCCGGCUUGCAGAUGUAAACCUGGUUAUUAUAGAAAUCUAAUUGAUCAGUGCAUAUCGAAGAAAGAUUGUCUAAAGUGUACAGGACCGCAUGAAUACUUCUCAUGUGGCGGCGCUUGUGAUAACGUUUGUGCUACUAUAAAGAAACAGAAUCAAACCCACUGUCCGAUUAUUAAUAUCACUUGCAAUAGAAAAUGUUAUUGUGAGGCGGAUUACGCUCGGAAUGUUAAUGGCACCUGUAUACCAAUUGACGAAUGUGAAUAUGACUGCACAUCAACUUCAAUUGAAGGAUCAACUGGAGGAGAUGAUGAAGAGGAUGAUGAUGAAGAGGUUCAAAACCGCUUAAUACAAGGAAACACCGAUUUCACUGGAAAUUUUCUUUAUGAAGUCAUUAAAAAGAACCCGUUAACUAGUGUUGUGAUGUCGCCGUUCUCAGUUUUGAUUCCUUUAGCGCAGUUAGCUCUUUAUACUGAACCUGGAAAUUCUUACGACCAACUGCUAAACACGCUCAAUCUGAAAAGCAAAGAUGAGAUUCGACGUGUAUUUCCGGCACUUAUAAGUUCAUUGAAGUCACAAGAAGAAGCUAUAUUGGAUUUGGCCGCAAAGAUUUACGUGAACAAACAAUAUCAGCUCACUGACAAUUUUGAAAACGACUCACGUGAUGUCUUCGGUGCUGAAGCGGAAAAUAUUGACUUUAGUAAACCUGAACAAGCCGCUGACACUAUUAAUGCCUGGAUUGAAAAAGAAACAAGAGAGCUUAUAAAAAAUGUUGUAUCAGCCGAUAUGUUCAGCGCUUACACUCGUUUAGUUCUGACCAACGUUAUCUAUUUUUUGGGAAAUUGGCAGAAACAAUUUAAUCCAAACGAUACGAAAACUGAAGAUUUUCAUAUUAGUAAUACAGACACCGUUCAAGUACCACUAAUGUAUCAGAAAGGCGUUUUUAGAUAUGCAGAAAGUAAAGAUCUCAAUUGUAAGAUACUAGAGAUAACAUAUAAAGGAGGAAAUUUCUCAUAUAUUGCUUUCUUACCGAAUGAUGUAGAUGGUUACAAUAUUGUUGCUGAAAAAAUUAGAGAUCCUGAUGUAUUUAAUACUGCUCUUGAUCUAUUGAAAUAUGAAACCUGCUACCUUUAUAUACCAAGACAUGAAAUAACUACUGGUAUUGAUUUAGUCGAUAUUCUUCAGAAGGUGAAUGUUACUGAUAUUUUUGAUACAAAAAAAGCAGAUUUAAGUGGAAUCUUAACAAACAACGAAGAGCUAGGUGUAUCAGCUGCAAUACAGAGGGCGAACAUAAAAUUCGAUGAAACUGGAACUGAAGCUGCUGCUGUAAAUGUAAUAAUUGUGGGUACAACAUCAGCAUCACCGCCUGAAACUGUGUAUACCUUUAGGGCUGAUCAUCCUUUCAUAUUCUACUUGUUACUUGAAAGGAACCCAUUAUUUUGUGGUGUUUAUGCUGGAAACUAAUAUAUUCUAAAGAAGUUGAAGCAAAACUAAAAAUGACUAUAUUUAUAUAAUACAGUAGAUUAUAAGUGAAAGAUUGUUUUCGAAAGUAAAAAACUUUUUUGUUAA